AUUUCCACUAGCAAGAAAAUCAAUCAUCAUUUUCACGACAUCGCCACACAGCACAGUGGAAAAUAUUGGUAUCUGCGGAUACUUCUACGCGAACUUUAAAUUCUCAAAUUAAAAAGUGGCAAUCCACUAGUGCGCAGUUGAAAUAGUUAGAGUUAAUGUUGAAUAAGAGCUAAAGUGUCCGAAUUGAACAGAAUUUCCACACCCGAUUGAGAAAAAUAAUUACGGUGAUAGUCAAGGGUGCUGUCUUUUUUUAUUAGCGUUUCCUUUAGUGAUGAAAAAUCAUUCUUAAUAUUUGACUCAAAAUGGAGAGACGAUUGUGAAUUAGUGAAAAACAUAAAGAAAGCAUAUUUCGACAUUGGUGUGGACCUCUGUCUAAAGAAUAGUGCAGUGGAAAUAAACCAGACAGCUUUCACGGGCAGCUGACUAAUCCUAGCCGACUACAAACAGUUUUACGCUAGUUUUAUUGUUUUUUCUGUGCACCACUUUUUUGCCAGUUCAAUUUUUAUUAUUCAUUAGUUCGGGAUAUGGCAUCGGAAAAAAUGUCCGAUAAAUGCCCCCACCAGAAUACUAACAACAAAUGGCUAUAUUUGAAAGACGAUUGCAGCAAAAGGUCGUCUUAGAUGAUACGGAAGCGAUUGUAUGCACUAUUGAGACAGCUCAAAAUAUUGACGGACAUACGGAAUAUGUACUAAGAGUGCAGCGUGGCCCAUAUCCCGAAAACAGCUGGCGCAUUUUGAGACGUUACAAUGAUUUCGCUACUCUCAAUAAAUGCUUACAGAUUUCGGGAAUUGAGCUGCCGUUUCCCGGGAAAAAGUUUAUUGGUAACAUGCGCCCUGAUUUCAUAGCUGAACGAUUGUAUGCACUGCAAGAAUAUUUAAAACAAGUACUCAUGAAUCCCAUUUUGGCUUCAUCGUUGCCAACCAAAAAGUUUAUUGACCCUGACAGUUACUCAACACCGUUUCACGAUCUAGCCCUCCAAUAUGCGUCCAUGUGUUUACGGGCCGAAGGCGUGUAUACGCUGGGUCAGUCUCUCGGGCCAAUUGGUUGGCGUUUGCGGAAACACUACUUCAAAGUAGUUCAUAAACCGCAAGGAAACAAACACUCGCCGGGUCAUUCCACCACCAAACAUCACUUGAUCAAGUCAAGUUCACAAUCGCACGGUAAACAGCAUACUACGCAGGUUUGUGUGACUACCUCUACCGAGAAGGAUUACAACAAUUCUCGAGAUGGCAGUGGCAAAGAGGAUUUGAUUCUUAGCUGGACCGAGUUCGGACCGGAUAGGUACAUUGAUGAGAAGGAAAUUCACAGUGUGCUGAAGAAUCUAGGGGGCGUGCAGCAUCCUUACAUUGCUCCGAUCGAAUAUAUUACCUCGAAUGAUAACGGAGCAUUGGUAAUCCGGAAGUUUCACAAGCAAGGCAGUUUAAAGGAUGUUCUGUGUGCAGUUUCUCCAUGUAAUCCGUUUCUUUCCAAGUAUGGCAGUCCUAAGGGACGAGCUCCGUUACCAUUAAAGGAAUUAGCGAUGUACGCACGGCAAAUUCUGGAAGCCAUUCGCUUUCUCCACUCCAAAGGCAUGGCAUACGGCCAUGUGCACUGCGGUAAUGUCGUAAUCGUGGAUGGAGUGGCUCGCUUGAUGGAUGUUGAGAAUUUUAUUUUCGGUGUACCUUCGUUCUAUAGGCCAUUUUUUGUUCAGCAUAGCAAAAUAAAUACUUGCGAGGCGAUUGACGUAUACGGCUUUGGUCAUCUGUUGUACGAAAUGUGCAUGGGCUACCCGUUGCAGGAUUCCUAUGCCAGACAAAUAACGGAUUGUCCGGAUAGUUUGAGAGCACUUUUAGAAUCAGUUCUAUCGAAAGAUGCUUGCAAAUCGGCGAUGCCAACCUUAGAUCAGCUGGCGGCUCAUCCAUUUUUCAGUGAGUACGCUGCGUCUUUCAACGAACAGUAUGCAGCGGCCAUCGGUGUUCAGAAACCCCAUUUAAAGUUUUCAUCCAAUGCCAAAGAACAGUUGAAGAUAGCUGUACAGAAGACUGAGAAUCGUGUCCGAGACGAGCAGAAGUCGGUGAAAAAUCAGAAACGUCUAGUCAGGGUGCAAGAGAUGAUGACUUCCGAAGAGGAGAAAAAGAAAAUUAAACACAAAGCGAAACAAGAACAGCGGCAAGCUAAAUUGCGAGCCCAAAAUUCACUACAGUUAAAUAAUGGUCCUCCACAAACGGUCACGAUUAGCGCCAGCUCCGGAUCAGCCGGUGCAGUUAUGGUCAAGUCGGAUAGUGCAAAUAGUAUUACCUCACCGCAGGAUGUAGGCUUGAUGUCGCCUCCUCCUACACACGCAGCAGCAACGGACAGUGGCAGCGGCAGUGUUUCGUCCCCACUGCCACCACCGCCUCCGUCCGCUCCACCGUUAGCUCCACCGUCGAGUUUAGCUCUAUUUGAUCAGCAACCUGGUUCCUCUGCUAGUGAAGGUAGGCGACUACACAAGUCAAUUUCCGGUGACGACGAGUACGGCACCACCACCAAUCGCAGCGCUCUGCUGGAAUCGAUUUGCAAUUUCAACAAGAACGGUCUAAAGAAAAUCAACAUCAAUGAGAAGUGAAGCGUAGUGAACGAAUAAGUAGUGAAUCAUUGAAAUGUGUGUAGCGCAAAACGGACAUUCGGUCUGUGAACAUCAAUCAAUCAAGAGAGUACCAUACGGGAAGGAACACACCUUGAACAAGGGUGCAUCAAACUAACAUACAAACAAAUAAUCAAAGUAACAUACAAGUAUCAAACAAAGGAAGUGUUUUGGACCAAUUUAUUCGUACUGUAGUAACAAUUUUAGAAACAUUACCACCACCUCCAGAAAUCAUCUAUAUUAAUAACAAACAUAAAACCAACACCGCGUAAAGUACACAAAUAGAAAACAACGUAUACAUCUAGUGCUAGACCAGAAACACUACAGAAAUUUAAGGCAGAUUGUGCAGUCUAUGUUAUUGAAUCAGUACUUUGAUCAGUAGUUGAUUUUUUGUUAAAUCCUUCUUUCCUGCUUCUAGUAUAUUAGCAAAUAUAUCUUCAAAUAUAUUUUAUAUGUUGGAAAUAUGAUUUUUUUCUUUAAUUUAUAGUUUCCAUUAUAUGGUAAUUCCAGGUAAAACAAUAGCUAAUUACCAAAGUUAUAUUUUGUUUCGUUUUUCUCAAAGUUAGAUCGUUUCACGCCAAUACAAAUACUUGUGUGCUUUUUUUUACAACACGACAGCUUAGUCAGAAAAAUUGCUUUUUUAAAAUUGAUUCAUAUAGUUAUAUUUUGUUUCUUGUAGUUUUCUGUUCAAAAGUCUUUAUCACUAUUAAAGUAUAUUAGAAGAAUUUUCGACCCAUUUUUUUGUAAUUUUUGUAAGUAUAUUUUUGAAGACUUUAAAGAUUAUGGUGUUGAAUUACCCGCGCACGCUUAGAUAAUGCGUCCCAUCGACGACAGACAUAAUGCAUCCGUUCAGGCAAGCUAGUUGUAGAGCAUACAGACUGUUAGCAAACAAUCAGUAAACAAAAAGUAAACAGUUAAACUUAAACAAAUAAUGUUGAAGAAAAAAAACUUAAAAAAAAGGAAUGGUGGAAAAUGUUGGACAGCCAACACGAUAACGAUCUGGUAUAUCUGAGAUAGCGAACGGACAUACUUCUAUAUAUCUAUGGCUUUAAACUAAACCAUGGGAAAACAAUUAGCACUUUGAAUGGUAACUAGUAUCAAAAUAAUUAUUCCAUAAGGUAUUGUUGUUGUUAUGUAGAUGUAUUGUGAAUACAAUCUUAAUCCAUCGUUUACGCUAGAUAAUAUCCUUUCAAGUUUUGUAAAGAUUUUAUGAUUUCCCGUCAUCUCAUGUGAAGCUAUUAUAUUCCAACCCUAAAGGAUAUUUUCUUGUUGUGCUUGUGAUUUUACAUUGUUUCAAAUCCACUUGGAAGUGCUUUGAAUUGAAUCAGUGACAUUGAUCAGAUUAAAAUCGAAGAUGACAAGCGGAAAUGAUCUUAUGAACGAUAUCAUGCUAAAUGCAAACUAUUUGAUGUUUAUAUUGUAAAAAAAUAUAUGUUUUCUAAAGGAAAAUACUCGAAAAAGUAAAAAUAGCUAAUCUAUAGUUGACUUGCACAUUCCAGCAGAGCGAACAAAGCUUUAUUCCUGUAAAACCACUCAUCUAUCUUGACUUGAUAAUUUAGAAUGUUCAUGAUUAGUGCCAUAGUAGGCGUUUAACAGAUUUCCCACAAGAUACAAACAUUCAAGGCCAGCUGUGAGAAUUAGAAAGGAUUUUAUUGGUGUCAAGAAAAAUUGUUAUCGACUAAAAACGGAAAAUUAAUCGACUAAUGUCUUAUACUGCAACACAUAUUUACCUAUUACAAAUAGCAAAUUUAUCUCUAUCUCAUAUAAUAUUAACAACAAUUAAUUGUGAUUUACGUGAAUAAAAUUUGUAUCCUGAUAUUCUCCCCUUUUAUAACAAUAUUAUACAAAACCAAAACGAUUCCAACCAGUGUAAAAAAAUUAUUCAAAUGCCAAUUGCGGCGAAGUAACUAUUCAUAUUUCUGUGGCAGCGGAUACAUUUUAGCAAUGGCUAAUCAAAUACUACAAAAACUACUUUUUUGAUAAUGCAAACAAAUUUAUAGAGAAUACAUACUACUUACCACAUGAGCACUAAAAACAUAAACCCUUAACGUAACGUGUAUUGCAUACAUCUAGGAAAACCGACACAUUAAUUAUUGUAAAACUAACUACAUUUCUACUUGCAUAUAGUUUUCAAAUGUAUCUAAACAAUUUUCUAAUGCGCAAAAUAUCAUUUGUUAUCAAACUGCAUGCUUGUGCUAGUCUCAAUGAAACCACAGUUUAUAAUUUAUUUCCCAGGGAUCAAUCGCAUGCUCUGAAAGUUCGCGCAACAUUCAAGCUUCUGGCGAAGAUGAAUCCCCGAGAAUGUAAACCUACCUGCUACUAAUACAAAUCGAUUGUAACUAAAUGAAACCACCAGAAGAGGAGUAUAUUUGUCAAA